AUGGAGGACAUUUUCAAAACAAAACAAGGAGAUACGGAGCUACUCAGAGAAUUUGUGGAUAAAUUUCAGCGUGAAAGGAUGAUGCUACCGCGUGUACCGGAUAAUUGGGCGGCCAUGGCGUUUGCGAGCAACUUAAAUGAAAAAAGCUCAGAAGCCACGAGGAGAGUCAAAGAAAGUCUUCGAGAAUUCCCUACAACAACUUGGAAUGAUGUUUACAACAGGAACAGAGAUGCAGGUUCGUCAUCCAAGUUUGGAAAGGAGCGAGAUAUGCGGGACAUCGACAGAAUCACAAAAGCAAAGAUUGGUGGUUACAGUUUCAAUGUUAGAAUAUCUGAGUUGGUAGCUGUUUUAAUAAGCAUGGGAGAUAAGGUGCAGUGGCUAAAAGAAAUGAGAUCGAACCCCAAUAGAAGAAACCCAAAUUUCUGGUGCGAGUUUCAUAAUGAUCACGGUCAUAAAACAGCAGAAUGCAGAUUGCUACAAGAUGAAGUAGAGCACAUACUAAAACAAGGCUAUUUAACCGACUUAUUUAGUGAGAAGGGUAAGCAAGCAUAUAUGAAGAAUAGACAAGAGCCACCAAAACCUCCGUCACCAAAAAGAAUGGUUAACGUGAUAAGCGGAGUAGAGGAGGUCAACGGUGUGACAUAUACAGCUACACAAAAGGUGUCAAAAUCACAGUUACUACGGAAAGCGAGUACGCCAAGUUUUGGAAGAAGACUGCAUAACAUUUGA